UUUAUUAUUUUUUUUUUACACAUUUAUUUUGUUUAUAAAAGUAUUGCCAUUUAAUUAAAUGAAGUUUAUAUAAAAUAGAAUAGUUUUAUUUUACAAUUAUCAACUUAUGUUUAAAGUUAAACGUCCCAUUAAAAUUUCUAACCCCCAAAAACAAACAAACACCAUGAAUUUCCGCGCAGACGAUCCCGGUGCCGUGCAAUAUGGUAACUUCAUCAAUUACUAUCAAUUCCACUCGGCCCAAGACCGAAUAGCUUUACUUCCAAAUGAUGUAUGGCUACCAAAGACCCACGACACACAUUCUAAUGAAUCACCUUACCUCCUCCUCGAUGUUGGUUGCAAUGCUGGAGAUGUCACUCAAUUACUCCUAAAUUACCUCACAAAUCAUCUAAACAAAAAAGUAGAAAUCCUAGCAAUAGAUAUUGAUCCAACUCUAAUCAAAAGAGCGAAGGAAAACAACAAUGCUCCUCAAAAUAUCAAUUUUGCUUGUGUCGACAUAAUGCAAACUGACUUGUCAGAAAUCAAGAACUUUCUCAAAGCUCGAAAUGCCACCAAAUUCGAUGCUGUUUGUUGUUUUUCAAUUACCAUGUGGAUUCAUUUGAAUCAUGGCGACAGUGGGUUACAGGAUUUUCUCAAAAAAUGCUCACACUUUGCCCAACUUCUGAUAGUUGAACCCCAACCUUGGAAAUGUUAUCGAACUGCUGUUCGUCGAAUGCGUAGAUCAGCACAAGAAACAUUUCCAAACUUUGGACAAUUAAAAUGGACAAUAAACAUCGAAGAAGACAUAAGGCAGUAUCUAGAAAACCAUCUCAACCUCCAGAUGAUCCAUGAAACACUGCCAACCAAAUGGAUGCGAAGGAUAUGGUUCUACCGACACAAAGAGGCGGGGAACUCCAAUUUGGUUUAACUUUCAAUUUCAAUUUUAUUA